AUGAGGACCAAGAAUCUGGAAGGUGAAGUUCUUGGUAACAUCUUACCGAGAUUUAAAGGUUUGCGUGUCUUAAAAUUAGAGGAGGCUGAUAUUGAUGAGUUGCCAAUUUCAAUUGGAAAGUUGAAACAUUUGAGGUAUUUAGAUAUUUCAGGAACAAUGGUUGAAAGGCUCCCCCAAUCUGUUGGCAAGCUUUAUAACCUACAAACAUUAAGAAUGAACAAUCUCUAUCUUAAAGAGUUUCCAAAGGAACUGCAAAAUUUGAUUAACUUGAGACAUUUAUGUUUUAGCAAGAUGCUGAGACGUCUUUAUUUUGAUGAGAAUGAGAAUGUUAUGGACUUUCCAGUUGGCAUGGGCCGGUUGAGUAAUCUCCGAUCCUUAUCUUAUUUUAGUGUGGGUAAGGAGAAAGGCCGUGGAAUAGAGGAGUUGGGUGGCUUAAAGCAUUUGAAAGGAAAAAUAUCUAUUUAUCAUUUGGAGCAUGUGAGAGAUAUAGAAGAAGCAAAGAAGGCAAAGUUAGCGGAGAAGACAAACAUACGCAAACUAAAGUUUGAAUGGGGGGAAGGCAGGUCAAGCGCCAUAAACAACGACAGGGAUGUCCUAGAAGGCCUUGCACCGCACUCUGAAUUGGGAAUUUUGAAGAUUUGCAACUUUAGCAGUGAUCAAUUUCCAUCGUGGAUGAUUAGUGGAAAUUUGUUUUCUUCCUUGAAAAAAUUAAGUAUUGAUAAUGCAAAGAACCUAAUUGAAUGGACGGGAGCUGCAAUAUUUCCUCGCCUUGAGGAGCUGUUCCUGAGGAAUUGUAAUCAAUUGAAAAGUGCUCCCACUCAUUUUCCAUGUCUCCAAAAGUUAACAAUAGAUUCCAUGGAUAGCGGCAUGCCGAUAGCUAAUAUAAGCACUCAGCUCACCACUCUUACUCAUCUCACAAUAAAGGAGAUGGAGGAACUUGCUUCUCUGCCGGAAGGGAUGUUAAAGAAGAACAAAAAUCUUUCAUAUUUGGAGAUAAGGAGCUGUCCAGAUUUAACUUGUAUUGCUGCGGAUGUAUUUGGUUGUUGUGCAUCUCUCGAGUCAUUGAGUAUUUAUGGGUGUCCUAAUCUUAGGACUUUGCCUGAUGGGCUACACACUCUGCUCUCCCUUAAGGAGUUGAUUAUAAGGUAUUGUGACAGUCUGGAGUGCAUCCCAGUUACACAGGGUCACGCAUCUCUCUGCAAAUUUCCUAUUUUCAAGUGUCUUGAGUUAUGUAUUCUACCUGAGGGGCUAGAAUGUUGCACCUCUCUUCGAAGGUUGAUAAUAGACAAAUGCUCCAAAAUAACAUCCAUUUCAAUCACACACGGCCUCCCAUCCCUCUGCGAAUUACAGAUUUCAAAUUGUGAUGAAUUAUCAAGCCUACCGAGUGGGUUACAACAUUGUACUUCUCUUGAGCACUUGUCUAUUUUCUUUUGCCGGAAUCUUGAAGCUAUUCCAAUCACACACGGCCUCCCAUCCCUCCGCCAAUUAGAGAUUUCAUAUUGUGAUGAAUUUUCAAGCCUACCGAGUGGGUUACAACAUUGUACCUCUCUUGAGCACUUGUCUAUUACCUAUUGCCCGAAUCUCGAAGCUAUUCCAAGUUUAGACAACCUCACACAACUCCGUGAGUUGCAGAUCUAUGAGUGUGAUGGAUUAAAAGGUGUACCCCUUACUAGUGCGUUUGCAGCAUCCCUCACCCUCUUAAAGGAAUUGAAAAUUGGUGGGUUUUGGAAGGAGCUCAAUUCAUUUCCUGCUUUUCAGGUUAUUCCACAACUUAAAACAUUAACCUUGCGGGGUUGGCCGAAGCUCAAGUCUCUCCCUGAACAAGUUCAACACUUCACUUCUCUAACUUCUUUGUCAAUAUGGUCCUUCCAUGGCAUGGAGGCUCUUCCAGAGUGGUUGGGAAAUCUUGCAUGUCUUGAGGACCUAACAAUUGUCAAUUGCAAGAAUAUGAUGUAUCUACCUCCACUUGAAGCUAUGAAAUGUCUUACUAAAUUAAGCUGGAUGAAUAUUCACAAUUGUCCUCUUCUGAAGGAGAGAUGCGAUAAAGACAGUGGCCCAGAAUGGCCCAAAAUUUCCCAUAUUCCAUACAUCGAUGUUGGUUGAGAGACAGGUGUUGAUCAUGGGGUGCAGAUUGAAGAAGCUAUGUUUCUGGAAAAUUAAUUUCAUUGUAAAUAUAAGGUACAAGCAAUUUCCAAUUCUCACUGCAUUAUUAUACUUGUACUCUUCCCCAGCCUUGUUGUAUCUUUUCCUUAUCAGCUUAUGCAGCGGCAUCUAUUAGAUUAGAGUCUGUACUUUUUCUUUAUACAGCUUCUGCUUUUGCU